AUGGGGAUGUCACCCCGCCACCCACGUCCCUGCGUCCCCUGGCUGCUGGUCCCGCUCCUCGUGGUGGCAGGCACUGCCAGCACCCAGCCCCAGCAGGUGCACAGCAUUCUGGGGGGGUACGUGUCGCUCUCCCCGGUGCCCCCCAACAAGACGGUGAAGGAGAUUGAAUGGAGCUUUUCAGACGGUGCCAGUACCAUCAUCCAAGUGGCAGAGUUUGGCCCCGACAGCUUCAAGCGCCCCAACCCCAAGGACCGGUUCAAGGAGCGGCUGGAGAUGUUCAACGCGACGGCGCUGAAGAUCAGGGCCCUGGAGCGGGGCGACAGCGGGAUCUACGGGGCUCGGAUUAAACUGCAGUCAGCAGAGUUGAAGGAUCAGUUCUUCGACCUCUCCAUCUACGGGCCGGUGCCAGAGCCGGAGAUCCACCACCAGCAGCUCUCCCUCACCACCCAAGGGUGCAAUGUCACCCUGCGGUGCUCGGUGCCGGCCGGCAGCGAUGCUCAUGCCGCCUGGCACCCCAGGGUGCCGAGGGGACAGUUCUGCCAGGACGGCCAGAGACUGUGCCUGGCCGUGCCCACCAGCGCCUUCAACACCAGCUACACCUGCGUGGCCCAAAAUCCCAUCCAGGAGCGGAACGUCUCCAUCCGUCUGGACACCGUGUGCCGGCAGCAGGAGACGCAUGGCUGGUGGAGGUGGCCCUUGUGCCUGGUGCUGCUGGCCGUGGCCACGGGAGCCCUGCUCGGCAUCGUCUGGCUGUGGAGGAAGAAGAGGAAGAAAGCAUCCGAGGGAGCCGCCCUCGACUCCCCCUCCAGCGAGGAUGCUCCGCUGGAGAUGCCGUAUGCUGAGAUCCAGAGGAGAAACCCCCCGGCGGUGGAUGAGUGGGUGAGACUCGGGGGCUGA